GGAAACCUUAGUAGUGGAAUAGUUUCUCUCAAUUUAUUCAUUUACCCUUAUUGAUACAAAAGAUAUAACUUGUCUAACAAGUUCUUUACAUAUUCAAUAAUGGCAAGUCUACUUAUUCAGCAAUAGGAGAAUAUUAUACAAAUGUUAGCUUUCCUUUUAACUCGCUCUCAUAAUCUCCAAGAUCUCCUAGUAUCUCUCUCUGUAACCAAGAAUAACUAAAUUGUUCUUGGAGAGUUUGAACUCGCAUCAACAAGCCGUAAUCAUGAGAUCUUUCACCGUCUUCGAGAGAUUAUCUAAAGCUUUCCAUGAUUAUCCUUCUCUCUCCAGGAUUCUAGUCGUCUCCACCAUCAGUGGUGGGGGACUUAUAGCCUACUCUGAGGCAAAUGGAUCCUAUAGCAACAAUGGUGAUGAAACUGGAACCAGAAAGAAAAAGGUUGUGUUGCUCGGAACUGGAUGGGCUGCAGCAAGUUUCUUGAAGAGUUUGAAUAACUCCUCUUAUGAGGUUCAGGUUAUAUCGCCUAGAAACUACUUUGCUUUCACUCCCUUGCUACCUAGUGUUACUUGUGGAACUGUUGAAUCUCGCAGCGUUGUUGAACCAAUUCGUAACAUUGGAAGGAAGAAUGUUGAGAUGUCUUUCGUGGAGGCAGAAUGUUUUAAAAUUGAUCCAGAAAGCAAGAAAGUGUUUUGCCGAUCUAAACAAGGCCUGGAUUCGAAUGAGAAGAAAGAAUUUGAUGUUGACUACGACUACCUUGUAAUUGCUACUGGAGCUCAGUCCAACACAUUUAACAUUCCUGGGGUGGAGGAGAACUGUCAUUUCCUCAAAGAGGUUGAAGAUGCACAGCGAAUCCGUAGAGCUGUCAUUGAUUCUUUUGAGAAGGCAAGCUUACCGGGACUAAACGAAGAAGAGAGAAAGAGAAUGCUACAUUUUGUGGUUGUUGGUGGUGGACCAACAGGUGUUGAGUUUGCUGCUGAGCUGCAUGAUUUUGUUAACGACGAUCUAGUCAAACUCUAUCCUAAAGCCAAGAAUUUAGUGCAAAUCACUCUUCUUGAGGCUGCAGACCACAUCUUGACCAUGUUUGACAAGAGAAUUACAAAGUUUGCUGAAGAAAAAUUUAGUAGAGAUGGUAUUGAUCUGAAAUUAGGUUCCAUGGUAGUCAAUGUGAAUGACAAGGACAUUUCUGCUAAAACCAAAGGAGGAGAGGUCUCUACUAUUCCUUAUGGAAUGAUCGUUUGGUCAACUGGUAUUGGGACUCGUCCUGUGAUCAAAGAGUUUAUGAAACAAAUUGGCCAGGUGGGUAAUCAAAUGUCUCAUGGUAUAUGA